AAACGUAUAGGAAACGCGUCUCAUUCGUUUAGGUAUCCCAUGCAGGCCAGAAGAACGUCGCAAUGAACUGUUGUUCGCUCAUUAACGGUACCAAGCAGACGCGAUUUCGACUUGAUACCAUUAUUGGUUCCACUUGAAGAUUUUCGUAUGUGUGGAACAGUGCAGUGGAUGGACAAGAGCGCGAAAAUUGUUCAUUCGGUCAUAUUCAUAUCCAGAUAGAUUAGUUGAUAAUUGCAGACGUUCAGUUUAAAGCUCAAAAAGACGAAUGUUUGCUUAAUCUGGGAACUUUUAAUGGCUUAGACCGGACUUUACCAAUAUUUGCCAUACAAGCCACUUAUCUAGUUGACCCUCAGCCUCGACGCGAUAAGAAGACUCGUUGAUGGCUCAUUUAUAAUGUAAGAAGCACCAGGCUCGGAACUGUAUUUAACCAUUUCGAAGCUGCAUAAAGUGAAGAAGUUGAGAAACUCACACGAUGACCAUGGUGUUCGCUGGAUGGAAUUUCUACUCUCUAUUUUAUACGGCUUGCUUCACGUUUUGUUCGGGGUUUGUGCUGAUUUCUUCAGAAGCAGGGCCGAAGAUCAAUUCCAAGCUGUUUGCGCCUGGUGAUCAGGUCGCCUACCGAUGGACUUCGGAGGUGUUUUUGAAUGAAAUCAAGACAUCUAGAGGAAAAUAUGUCGGGUUUGGUUUGUCCGGUACAGUGCUGGUCAGCUCGGUUUGGAGCAACGAAGAUGAGAGAGUCUUGCAAUUGCACCUGGAAAAGCCGCGAGUGCAAGUGGCCUCAAAAUCAGGACGAGUGGAGUCAUCAAGUUUGGAUUCCCUUGAAAAUCAACCCUUUGUGUUAGUGCUAAAGGGGGGUAAAAUCGACAGGCUGUUCAUGGGAAAACGGGAAACCGUUUCGAUGAAGAAUAUGAAGAGAGGGCUGGCCUCGCUAUUCCAGUUUCAGACUCAGACGGACCAAGGAGGCCUCGAAGAGACUGAUGUGGCCGGGCAUUGCAACGUCACAUACACUUCUAGUUCUGUAAAGGCAACGAAAUCCAAACAUCAGUGCACUUUUCUGGAUAUAAACACUUCCCGACAUCUGGACGAAGUCCUCGGUUUCCAUAUCGCCUCCACUAGGUCUACGCACUACACUCUUGAUGACUCUAAAAACGUCAUCAGCAGUAUAUCCUCCAAAGAGCAGCACCAGCUACAUAUGCGAGCCAAAAGUGAUCUGGGUGGCUUGGUUGGAGCUGAGCAAACGCUGAUCUACAAAGAAUCUCAACGCUGUGAUACAGUGAGGGCUUCGAGCGCUGCGCAAGCUGUCCAAGAAUUGCUCAGCGCAGAAGGUGCUGUUUUAGAAGAGGAGACGAUUGUUGCCAUAGCAGAAGCAGCGCCAAAAGAGCCGAAAGGCGAUUUCAGCAAAAGAGUGGCCGCAGCAAGGGACGCCUUGAAGGCCGAACUUUUGGGCACCGUAAAGUCAGCUGAAGUGUUCCUGCAGCUGCUGGAAGCAGCCAGAACUAGCAACAUCGAAGACAUUUCCAAGGCGUUGGAAGCUAAGAAAAAUGCAAAGAUUUUGCCUCAACUGUACGACAUUCUCGGCCAUGCUCAGACCCUCAAAUCUCAUACAGCCGUGCUGAAGCACCUGCACUUGGACAACGAAAAACACGCAGAUCUAAUGGAAAGAUAUUUGUGGGCGCUUUCCCUGUCCACCCACCCAAACAUCGACAUCUUGGAAGACAUGUUGAAGAAGUACAAAACAUAUACCAGUAUUCCACGGAAAGUGCGCGAUACUUUAAUUUUGACACUGGCCUCGAUGGCCAAAGGCCUACGGGAGGAAGGGGACGUCGCUCAGUUUACUUUAAAGAUGCUGCAAGCGGUCGAAGAGACGAUAGACAACGGAUUUGACUAUGCUGAGGACGCGGAUCGCUAUGUAUUUCUCAACGCGCUGAAGAACCUUCAGUCGCCCACCACCAUCCCUAAACUGAUAUCCGUGCUGGAAAAUGGCACCCUGAAAGAAGAAGCGCUGGCCUGGAGGGCGCUGAAGAGCUUUGGAAGGCGCUACUGGACAGAGAACCUGCUGAAGCAGGCAGAGAAAACUCUGUUUCAACUGGAUAAAGCGCAUGAUACCAGUUCGAGAACGCUGGCUGCCGAUUUGCUGCUUGCAUCCGAUCCAACUGAUCACGUUCUGGAAGAAUUGCUGAAAUUUGUUGCAGGCCAAGACAAAAAUUUUGAGGUCAAACAGUACGUUUUGCAGAGUGUCCUGAUGCUGGCCGAUAGCUGCCCAAAGUGGCAGCAGCGGGUAAAGGACAUUGUGAAGAACAACUACGCCAGCUUGGCGCAGAAGGGCCUUUCCACUGCGCUGCGAAGAAACAUUUUCAGUGGAUCUUCAGUGAAUGGCAGUCUGGUGUCGGUGCAGGAGAUCAAGGGCGGCAUUGUGAAGAGAGGAGCUGUGGAUGUAAUCCUAGAUAAAAACGGCCUUUCCAAGGAGCUGUUCACGCUGGGGAUAUUUGCUGGCGGUUUGUCCACGUUCGUGUCAAGUACGGAGGAUGAGGAGCAAGCAGACGAAGAAACCGCAACCGCUGGCAUGGAGCUCACGGUUUUGGGCACCCAAAUUAGGCCGUUUGUGUUCUUUGAGGGCCAGGGCGAACUAAUGGGCCACGUGUGGAGUGGAACUGCUUCAGAACUCACGCCGGCCUUCCAGGCGCUGAUUUUGAGUCAAGACCACAAAGAAUACUUACGACUGGGGAAUGGAUUUGUAAUCGAUAUCGACUUGAAGGGCGCCGUUUCCUUUGACUUGUCCGGCAAAAUUGAGCUUUCCAUUUGGAAUAGAAACGCGCAGUCCCUGAUAAAGAAAUCCGUUGGCUACGUUUCCAAAGGCUCGCUAACCCUGAGCACGCCGUUUGCUCAGAGCCGGCUGGACUUCUUGGGCUCUCUGGAGCCGAAACUCAAUUUGGAAAUCGACGCCGAUUUCUCAGCCAAUGUGAAGCUGUGCAUGAAAUUGUCCCAGCCGGACACCGAGUUUAGACAUCAAGUGACCAAACUGGGGCAAAUUCCCGCGGCGAAUCAUCGCCUGAAGUUGGCCCUCAACAGGAGGCAAUCCAUCCCAGGCGUCACAUACGCCCUAAAUCGGAAGAACAGUGAAAUGUGCAGUGCCUUGGGCAGUUAGAAACAGUCGUGAUGUAAAUGUAGAGACUUUUAUGAACAAUUUUCCACGCAAAUUUCCAUAGGAAACCGAAUAAAACGUAUGCGAUGA